AUGCUUCGAGAUGUAGAAAUCUAUGAAGCGUUAAGGCUUGAUGAUUUAGCGUAUAUUCUUACAGUCCGAUUUGAGAAACCAUUAUUGGAUUUACCUAAGGAAGAUACUCCACCUGGCCUCAUGAAACAGAUGACACUUGUUCAAGCCGCUGCAUAUUUUAGAGCGGAAAAAUGCUUCACAUACUUCUUUAAAAGAAUGAAAAAGGUCAAUAUCUCAUCCGAUCAGAUACAUUUGAUUCACUUUGCGGCUGCUGGCGGAAAUAUCAAUAUAAUAUCAUCUAUAUUAAAUAGAAUGGAUGUGAUUAAUAAGCAAGAUGCUGAUAGAAAUACUCCUCUUCAUUACGCAGUCAAUGACAAUAAUUUUGAAGUUGCUCGAUACCUAUUAGAUUGUCAUGCGAAUCCAAAUGCUCAGAAUUCCGAAGGCAUUUCGCCAGCACAUGUGGCCGCUAUCAAUGGCAAUGUUGCGAUUCUCAGAUUACUUUACGAUUCCGGAAGCUCUCUGAAGCAGAUAAACUGCAUGGGGUGGUUUCCUAUCUUCUAUGCCGUCAAGUACGGCCACAGUGAUGCUGCUUUGUUCUUAGUUCAAAAACAAUGUUUCGAUCCUUCAAUAGAAUCAUUCUUUUCUCUCGCACAAUUAGCUACCUCAUACGGAAUGAACGAUGUUGUUCGCACUCUCAUAAAUUUAGGAAUUAAUACUUUUCAGCCAAAUCACAAUUAUUGGACGAUUAUACACUCUGCUGCAGCUUCUGGCAAUACAGAGUUAUUUAUUCACAUGUAUAAUGCAUUCGGACCAGAACCUUUUUAUCAAACUGAUAGAUUACAGAGAAAUGCUGCUCAUAUUGCAGCAAUCAACGGACAAUUAGAAAUUAUCAAAGCAAUAGAAGGUAUAGGUAUUAAUAUGUUCAAUUCGAAAGAUAAAUAUGGUAUGACACCAUUCAUGCUAGCAGUAGAUUGCUCGAAUCGACAUAUUAUUGAUUAUUUAAUGCCAAAAUCAGAUUUGUCAGUUACUGAUAAGAACGGGCGAACAUUACUGCAUAUAGCUGUGGAAAAUAAUGAUAUUCCUUUAACGGGGUUAUUCUUAGAAAAUAAUUUUGAUCCAAAUGUACUAGAUAACAAAGGUAGAACGCCAUUAUUCUGCGCAGUAGAGAAGUCUCUUAGGAAUCCCAUAGUUGUUUUGCUUUUACAGCAUGGAUGCGAUCCGAAUAUAAAGUCAUUCGAUGGAAAUACAAUCAUAUCAUGCAGUGUUGUCAAAGCUCCACAGUUGCUUCAAGUCCUACUUGCUGCCGGAGCUGAUAUUGUAGCAACAAAUAGUAAAGGAUGGAAUUGUCUGCAUUUCGCUGCAAUUUCAAGUUCAAUUUCGGUUUUUGAUCAAUUGUUGGCCGACCAAUCAGCCAAACUACUUUUGAAUCAAACUACUAACAAUGGCGAAACUCCCUUCUACUUAGCAUGCAUGAACGGAAAGACGUCAAUUGUAAUAAAUCUCCUCACAAAAAUGGCAAAGAUUUUGCAAAAAGUGACACCGGAUGAAGGGAUUGAUUUUCGAUUUAUCAAUCAAGCAGAUAAAAAAGGAAAUUCGCCAUUAAUGGCUGCAAUCCAGAGGGGAUAUUCAGACAUAGCAUCGAAUCUUCUUAACAACAGCGAAAUUGACCUAAAUAUCCAAAACGAUGAAGGCAAGACAGCAUUCCAUAUUGCUGUUGAGAGCUGGAUGAACAAGACAUCAAUCGAUAUUUCUAACAUUACGAAAGUUUUUGUCAACAUGAGAGAUAAUCAAGGACUUUCGCCUUUUCUUUUGGCUUCAAAGCUUGGGAAUUGCGAACUUGUUGCUGUAUUAGUAACAAACCCACGCAUCAGGUGCGAUCUUAUAUCCAAUGAAGGCAUGAAUGCGGCAAAUUACGCUGCACAUAGCAUGAAUCGGAACUUGCUUAUGAUUUUAAAGUACUCAAUGAGAGUGGACAUGACAAGAAAACACUUCGGAGUCGCUCCAAUUGAUAUAAUUGCAGCAGAACAACACGUUUACAGCGAUGAAGAGGAAGAACCAUACGAAAUAAAGGCAGUGUCUGAUUACUCAAUUUAUGAAGAGGAAGAAGAAUUCAUGUACAGCGAUACAGAAGAUUCUGACCCACAGAAUGCUGACGUUCCAGAUGCGAUGCCAAUGUGGCUUCAGAAUGGAGAUGUUUUUAUUUCUAGAACAAGAGAUAAUUUGUUUGAUAAUCAAGAAAAUAUGAAGUGA